AUGACGACCCAGCGCGUGGUGCAGACCCGGGAUGGGAUCGAUGUGUCGUCGCUGGACGAGCGGCAGUUCAAGUGUCUGACGCUGCCGAAUGCUCUGCAUGUGUUGGUGGUGUCCGACCCGGGUACAGAGACGGCUUCGGCCGCCAUGGACGUGCGCGUGGGAUUCCACUCGGACCCCGAUGAUAUCCCGGGCCUAGCGCAUUUCUGUGAGCACAUGCUCUUCCUGGGCACGGCCAAGUAUCCAGACGAGAACAGCUACAGCGUGUUUCUGAACGCACACGGUGGUAGCAGCAAUGCCUUCACAUCUGGACGCGACACUAAUUUCUACUUCGACGUGGGGGCAGCGCAUCUACAUGAGGCACUGGAUCGUUUUGCGCAGUUCUUCAUUGCACCGCUUUUCACGGCCAGCGCCACGGAGCGAGAAAUGAAUGCAGUGGACUCGGAGAGUACCAAUUACCUACAGGACGAUAGCUGGCGUAUUAAUCAGCUAGAACGCGGCCUGGGCAACCAUCAACACCCAUACCACAAGUUUGGAGUAGGCAACAAGAAGACGCUCAGUGUCACGCCUGUGGAGAAAGGGAUCGAUACGUCGAGACACUGA